UCUGCUGUGAGACACACUCUUGACUUCAGUCCUCGGCUUGGCUUCAGCAGACUACAGACGACAACAAAGAUGGAGUUUGCGUGCAGCCAUGUUGUGUGUAACUGGAGGCCUGAUAACACUGGAGCAGCAGCCACCAGUGUUUCUCCCGUACGGCCUGCCUCUGAGCACCACUAUGACAACAGAGUGACUGUCAGACACCAAGCAGAGACAGCCGUCGUCCCGCCGCCUCUUCCUCCACGGCGGCUCAAGACCCACAAACCUCGGCCCAUCUCCCUCCCUGUCCCCCCUCCUCCGCGCUUUCGCCCCCCUUCACCUCCGUCUCUCCCUCCUCCCGUCCCACCCCGAGACGGGCAGGUGGAAGCAGAGAGCAGGCUGAAGGCCAACGUCAACGUUCUCUCCCUCAGCGUUGGAAAGUUAGUGGACAUCAGCAACGCCUCAGGCCUUGAGAGUUUCCAUAGCCCAGUGAAUUGUGGGAAAUGUAGUGCAGCCUUGUCGGCUCUGAGCUCCGUGCGAAACAACCUGUGGGUGUGCGAGUUUUGUGGCAGAGAAAACCACGUGGACAAAGGUGCGAGCGGUGUGUGUGCCGCCCAGCGCCGAGGUGUGUGUGCCGACGUCCUGCACCUGCCCAGCCAGAGUGACGAUGACUACCAGAACCUGGAGGACACGCUGGUGGUUUUCUGUGUCGACACGUCCGGCAGCAUGAGCGUCACCACAGAGGUGACUUGUGCCAGAAUGAUCGGCUCGCCAACAUACAUAUCCAGACUCAAGGCCAUCCAGGACGCCCUGCAGAGGGCGCUGUCCUCCCUGCUGCAGCACUCCCCCCGCAGACGAGUGGCCCUGGUGACUUUUAGUGACGAGGUGGUGAUUUACGGAGACGGCGGCAGCGCUCCUCUCUACCUCAGGGAUUGGGCGUUGGUUGACUACGACCAUAUAUGGCAGCAGGGCAUGGCCUACAGCAUCCCGCACUGUAUUGCCGAGACUCACGGCCAGCUGACACAGAGGGUCAAAGAGCUCCGAGAGCAUGGGGCAACCUGUCUUGGUCCUGCUGCGCUGGUCUCUGUUGCCAUGGCAUCAAGAUACCCGGGCUCAAAGGUGAUUUUGUGCACUGACGGCAGAGCCAACAUAGGACUGGGUGAGAUGGAGCAGAACCUGUCUUCCUCCUCCCCUCUUUCCUCGUAUUUCUACAAACAGCUGGCUGCCCAGGCCACGGAGAGCGGGGUCAUAAUAUCAGUGAUGACCUUUGAGGGAACAGACUGUCGACUGGCUGAGGUCGGGAGGCUGGCUGACACUACUGGAGGGAGGGUCAACAUCGUCAACAUUGGCACCGUGGCGACAGAGAUCCAGUCAGAUCUGGUGGACAACGUCCGAGCGACGGGAGUCAUGGCAACGCUGCUGGCUCCUGAUGGAGUGUAUUUUCCCUUUGAGGACGAAAAUAACCACAAACUGGUCAGAGACAUCGGGAACGCCACAGAGGGACUGGAGAUUACCUUCCAGUUUGCUGUCAAACCAGAGUGUGUGGAGGGUUUCCUCAAGAGAGACAAACUUCCUUUCCAGCUCCAGCUGAGUUUCAAGACCAGAGACCAUCAGAGAGUCACACGCAUCAUUACUCAGCAACGGCGGGUCACUACCAGCAGUCGGGUGUGGGUUGGGGGUCUGAACAUGGCGGUGUUGGGCGUCCACUGUGCCCAGCUGUGUGCCCGCUUAACCAUGGAGGGCCGGGUCCAGGAAGCACAGAGGCAGCUCAAACUACACCAGGGGCUGCUCAAACGCAUCAGAAAGCAGAGGCCCAUCCAACAGGAGGAGAGUAUCUAUAGCAACUGGAUGGACACCAUGACGACCAUCUGCGAUGACAUCACCACGGAGUCGCUGAUGGCUCUGUCGGACGAGGCGGCGAAGGUGGUGUAUCAGAUGAAGAGAGCCAGCAGCGUCAACAGCAACAGCGACGCCGCGGCUCAGAGGCAGAGGCAAGAUGUCCGGAAGAACCUGGCGCUGAUGGGAGGAAUGUCCACCUAGAGAGUCACAGGUGUUCAGCGAGGCAGAGACUUCAGAGUCCACGGGCGCUUUGGCGUUUUGGCACAGAGAGACGAGGACAAGUUUAUCACCGGCAUCGCAAAUGAGUUGGCCGGUCCGCACUGAAAAUGGAAGAAACCGAAAUCCCCCUUCAAAUGUCAGUCAACCUGUUGAGGGACCUUCAUCUAUUUGAGUCUAAGCCAGCAAACGACGCUCACUUUGAUGAGUAGGAGAUGCAAGGAAUGGACGCCCCCCUCGGUCACCCUCAAGGUCACCAUAUAUCAUUUUUUUUCCAUUCAUCUGUGGAGUUGUAUCGGGGUGAGGCGCUGAGGACAGGCAGUUUGAUGAGCAUACCUCCCUUUUUUCACAGUGUACAUGUGUAAAAGAGAAGAAAAAUAUCUGACCAUGAAUCUCGUGGUGUAUCUUACUGCACAGCGCUUUAUACAGCACACUUAUGGUGCAGUUACAGCAAAGCAAAAAUGAAAAAGCUUAAUGUAGAUAGAUAGAUACAUA